UGUGUGUGGGUACUCUGUGUUUUUUAAAUUAAAAUUUCAAUUGAUUCUUUUUUGUAGCCGGUUAUCUAAGUUUUAGAAAUACUAAACUAAUUUAAACUGUGAAAAUGUCGACAAGUGUGCCUUCUGUUGAUUUCAACAACGAAUUGAAAUGUCCGAUAUUAGGAUUGGGAACUUGGAAGUCGAAGCCAGGCGAGGUGACGCAGGCAGUCAAGGAUGCCAUUGACAUUGGCUACCGACACAUCGACUGUGCCUAUGUUUACGGAAACGAGAAGGAAGUCGGAGAGGCCAUAACCAGCAAAAUUAAGGAAGGAGUCGUAACGAGGGAAGAUCUGUUCAUAACUUCGAAACUGUGGAACACGUUUCAUCGCCCGGACUUGGUGCGCGGUGCCCUGCAGGAGACCCUGGACAAUCUGAACGUUCAGUACUUGGAUCUGUACCUGAUACACUGGCCCCAGGCCUACAAGGAAGACGGCUCUCUCUUCCCGACCGACCAAUCAGGUAAAAUCCAGUUCUCGGACGUCGAUUACGUGGACACCUGGAAGGCUAUGGAGCCGCUCGUCAAAGAGGGUCUGGUCAAGAGCAUCGGAGUCUCCAACUUCAACUCGAAGCAGCUGGAGAGGUUGCUGCAGCACGCGACUGUCAAGCCGGUCGUCAAUCAGGUGGAAUGUCAUCCUUACCUCAACCAGAAACGCCUCAAGGAGUUCUGUGAGGCUCGCGGCGUGAAGAUCACGGCGUACUCUCCCCUCGGCUCGCCGGACAGACCCUGGGCCAAGCCCGACGACCCCCAGCUCAUGGAGGACCCCAAACUGAAGGCCAUCGCUGACAGACUCGGGAAGACUGUCGCCCAGGUCCUCAUCAGAUACCAGAUCGACAGCGGGAACAUCGUGAUCCCGAAGUCCGUCACCAGGAGUCGGAUCGCGAGCAACUUUGACGUGCUCGACUUCAAGCUCUCCCGGGAGGACGUCGCCCUCAUCGACUCGUUCGACUGCGGCGGUCGGCUGGUGCCCAUGACGGCUUCCCUCGGGCACAAGCAUCACCCGUUCGAAAAUGAAGAAUUUUAAUUGAAACAUUCGUAAUAAUGUUGAAUAUUUGUAAUUUUAGAUGCGAUUAACGAACGAAUUUACGUUAAAUAAAGACAUUUUUGAUGA